AAACACCACGCGUGAAAGAGCUUAAUUGAGAGUAUACAUGUAGCGCGCAUAGACGCGUUGAAUUUGUCUAACUCAACAAACGACAGUAUAUGUAAGCAAAUACGGGUUGUGUAAGAAUUCUAAAUACGAUGUAAUACUACUGGAAUCAUUCUGUAUUGAUCCUGAACCAAAGUUGGAUUGACGAGAAGAAUGAUCGGUUUAAACGCAUUUUUCUCUUCUCUUCAACAAGCUCAACUGGCUUUUUUACUCAAUUUGAUUCAAUCGUUCCCGUCUUUGUGCCUGAAAUACUGUUUCUCGGCCAUUUAAGAACGAUUUUUCCACACCUCUUGUCUCUCUCUACGGCCACCUCAAUUCCUGCUGUCAAACUAAAAAUCACUACUAGAAUGUUUGGGAUUUCAAAAGAAUUGUUAGCUUUGAUCUCCAUUUUUGGUAUUUCUGUCGCUUAUUUGCUUGUUCAAAGCGUACGUCCUCGUUCUACCAAGGUUAAGUCAUCGAGUUCUGAAAAGCUCAAUGAAAAGACGGCCGUCCUGGAAACAAACCCGGAACAGGAAAAUGUGGAAAUGACGGAGUCCUCGGAGACUCCAAGCCAACUGACCGUCAAAUAUAAAGGAAAGACCGUUACUUUGACGCUUCGUGACCCACCUUUGGACAAAAUCACAAAGGGAAAGCUGCUCCGUAAAGCUUGUAACGCUGUUGGUCUCAAGAAGCCCGGUAACAUUCUCCUUAUGCACAAGGGAAAGAUCUUGAAGGACGGCAGUGUUUUUGUGCAAGGAGUUCGUAACAAAGAUGCCUGUGAACUUGUUGUUGACAACAGUUCUCCGGCAGAAAAGGCCGUUAGAGCAAUGAAGAACGGAAUUGAGGAACAAAUAUUGCCUUUGGUAGAACAGUAUGUUGCUGAGGCAGGUAAAUUGUCUGACGAAGAACGUGAAGACGGACACAGACGCUUGUCAGAAACGCUUCUUGGACGUCUUAUUCAAUUGGACGCUAUUGACAUCAAUGGUGAUCAAAAGGUCCGUCAGCAGCGGAAAGAGACUAUUUCUUGGAUUCAAUCACUCAUUAUCAAGCUUGACGACGCAUCCAAGGGAGUUACUGGCAAGUAA